AUGGCGCCCACGACAAUCUCACAGCUCCCCAGCGAGCUGCUCCUUUAUAUCUUUGACUUCCUCCAUGAGCCACCCACAUCCGACCAGCGCCAUUACGACGAUCCGGCACAUAUUCCCCCAAAUCGCUCCAGCACAAACCCGCACGACGAUCUCGACCACUUCCGCGGCAACAUCAAGAGUGCAUCUCUUGUUUGCCACCUCUGGAGACGCUGCCUCCUGCCAUUGCUCUUCCGGGAUAUUGUCUGGAGAUUCCAACACAUCACCCGUCCAUCCGAGCGGGAGGACCCGCUACACGCCGUUGAAGAGCUCGAGUUUCUACGCUUCCUUACCCGUGCUGGGCUUACACGCUGCGUGGACAACCUGACCAUCAUCAUCGACUAUCCCGAAUCCGAAGUUGGCGAGGACACUAGGCAUCACGCCAAUUGGGGCAUCCUCCCUAGCCAUUGCCCUGCGCCGGAUAGCCGAGGAUUUAAUAACGGUCUGAUAACCCCUGAAUCAACUUCGGACUCUCCUUCAAAAUGCCAGUCAAACGAUUGGCUUUGGCAAACCAUCUUCGACAAACUGGAUCUCCUGUCUAUCAAUCUCAUCAGCUCCCCGGCCAUUCUUGCAUCGUUACUGGGACGGCCAAUCAACCUUUCUGGAGCCUGGAUCUUUCGUCAACGGUUUCACAUUCUCUCCCUGUCGAGGCCCGCGGACCAACGCCAACAACAAAAAGUCACCACCAUCGACGAAUCGACAGCAGCACCAUCACAUUUCCUGCCCUCGAAUGGAGCACCAACUCCAGCAACAAACCACUGCUCGCUCUUCGGCAUCCGCCCAUGGAAUUCCAUGCUGCUCAACGAAGGAUCCUCCGUCAAAGUCUACACCACAUACGAAUACUUCCACCACACGCCCCCUUCUCUCCUACCCGCCCUCUUAGACUCUAGCGACGAAUCCAUGCAGCCCCUGCUGAACAACAACAUCCGCUCCUUUUCCUACGUCGCCAUCUUCCCGCUCGCCAAUCACAUCAACAACAUUCUCAUCCCUCGCGUCCCAGCCCUCGAGCGCUUCUUCAUCCAGAUCGUGCCCCGGGCGCCCAGCUUCGCUGAGGACGACUACCGCCACCCCGCCAUGGACAUUUCGGAUCUAUGGAUGGAGCGCAACACGGCCUAUGCGCAGCUGGUCAUGGCGGUAUUCGACCCGCCGCCACUGGGACUGUGGAACAGCCUGCAGUGCUUUGAGAGUGGCGAUGCCAUCGAUAGGGAAGCCUGGGAGCAGGCUGUCCGAUAUGUCAUCUUCGCGGCGGGUGCGACGUGGAAAGUUGCUGGGGAGGGAAAGUUUGUUCGCAGGGACGAUACUAUGCUUAUCUCCUGA